AUGGCAACUGCAAGAGAGAAUCAGAGAAGCAUCCUCCAAAGUCAAGCUCUUUUGAAGUACAUUCUCGAAUCAAGUGCCUACCCCAGGGAGUCCGAGCAUUUGAAGCAACUCAGAGAGGCCACACUCGCGAAAUAUCCAUAUUGGAGUGUGAUGAGUGUGCCAGUCGAUGAAGGUCUCCUCCUCUCAAUGUUUCUGAAGACAAUGAACGCGAAGAAGACAAUAGAGAUUGGAGUCUUUACUGGUUAUUCUCUUCUUGGUACUGCUCUAGCUCUACCUGCUGAUGGCAAGAUAAUAGCUGUUGAUCCAGACAAGGAAGCAUAUGAGGUUGGACUGCCAUUUAUUCAGAAGGCUGGAGUGGAGCACAAGAUUAGCUUCAUCCAAUCAGAUGCAUUCUUAGUUCUAAAUGAUCUGAUUGCCACCGGCAAAGAAGAAGGGACAUUUGAUUUUGCGUUUGUGGAUGCUGACAAGGAAGACUACAUCAAAUAUCACGAGCUGCUUUUGAAACUGGUUAAGAUUGGUGGAAUAAUUGCGUACAACAAUAGUACCUUAUGGUUUGGGUCGGUGGCACUCUCUGAGAAUGAUGAGAUGGAGGAAUUUAUGAGGAAAGGCAGAAAAUAUUUGAUUGAGUUGAACAACUUUCUAGCAAAUGACCCUCGUGUGGAAUCAUCUCUCGUUUCCAUCGGUGACGGCCUUACCCUCUGCAGGCGUCUAUUUUAA